GUUUGUUCCAACUUAAGUCAAGGCUCUAAGUACUGCCCUCCAAUAAAUCCAUUUUACAUCCACGGGACAAACCAGCCUUUCAAAUGUAUACAAACAUAGGCCGGUCUAGCAAUCAUAAAGUAAUAUUGGAGACUCGUGUGUUCAUAGCUACAGAUAUAUGGUUGAGUCAACAACUUGAACAGAACUCGAAGUGGACACCACAAGAGUGCAGAUCUCAAACAUAGAUGUUAAUCAAACAGAAAGUUUCUGAGUACAGGAAUUGGGUCACCAACACGGGCAACCAACACCAGACGAGUGAAAAUAAAUAGUUUCAACCAUGAGUGUGCAAAAGGCUCCGAAUGAUAAAUUCUUCUAUUUUUGCUACGCUAGCAAUCUAUUGAAGUCGAGGUUUCAUCUUUAUGUGCCAUCAGCCGAAUUUGUAAGCCCAGCGAGACUUGAGGGUUAUAGAUUGAAUUUCCGCAGCUACCCUGGAUGGACCCUCGAAACGAGUCAAUGGAGAGGGUCGUUAUGUUCCAUUGAAGAGGAUCAACAGGCUCAUGUAUGGGGAGCAAUAUGGAGUCUGGAUAAAUCAGAUGUCCAAGGACUGUAUCCGACUCUCUACCGAUACUCUUCACCGGAAAUCACAGUAACAACCCCAGAGGGCCACGCCUACUUAUGCCACACCUACCACAUGGCACCAGACUUAGAGGGGGCCAUUGAGGAGCCCCCAUCACCCCACUACAUGAAGGUCAUGAUCGAGGGCGCAAUAGAAUCAAACCUACCUUCGUCUUACGUUGACCACCUUAAAACGAUCAAGGACAAUGGCGAUACAAAUCCUCCACCUGUCAUGGCUCAAAUAUAUAAGAAAUAGGGUGUGGUCGUGAAAGUUAUGUGAAACCUGCAUAAAUACUGAAAUUAAGAGGAUCAAGAACACUCCAAAAUAUUAAAAUCAUAGUUUCCUUUUGUAUGGCAUUUUAUUUGGAGGGAAGGUAGAAACGCAAUUGACUGCUAUUACAGAUUCUUUUUUUUUAAUCAAAUGCUUUGAUACUGUAAGAAUGCACAUGGAAAAAAAAUAUUCAAAUUCAUACAUUUAAAACAGUUUUAUUAAAUAGAAUGUGAAAUAUAUUUGCACAUUAUAUACAUAUAAUAACAAUAUAAUGGAUAAUACAUGCUGGAUUACAAACAUUAGGACGGUUUCAUAUAUAGAUACAGAUUUUUCAGGAAAGCCCAGAGGUCUUUUUGGACAGAAUUCUGGAAUUGUUUGUUACAAUAACUCUUUAGUUUAUAGCGUGACAAUUCUUGAUACUUGUAUGGCCUACAAUAACUUUGUUUUUAUUGUUGUACAUAUACUUCAGUAAGUUUUCUUGUCUAAUCUCUUAAUUGCAAACACAACAUGUUCUUUCACGAAUAUAAGCAUUUCAAUCCAU